UUUGCACUGACACUUAUAAAGAUCUAUGAGUAGUCGCCAUAAACAAGAUUGCGUUGUAUUCUCAAACAAUGUUUUCAUUUUGAUUCUAUCGUUGCGUUGUUUAGUGAGACACAUCAAUUAUUGUGGAAUUGUUGGACUAGAGUGUUUAUAAAUUUUUGGGGGUGCAUUCUUCUGUCUUUAUGUUUGCUUUAAAGCCUUUUUAUUCUUUUGUAAAUUAUUUCGAUACUUACUGAUCGGGAAUUGGAAAUGGUCUUACAUAAGCCAUCAAUAAACAGGACAAAACAGUCACUGCACAUCGACUGUGAGUUGCAUCACGGUUUCGUCACUAGAUCGUACACCUACGUCCAACUUUUAAUCAACUUGCGUAACAAUGAGUAAUUCAUGCAGCGUACAUCUCCUGGUUAGACAUUUCCUUUCAUGUGGCUUCUGAAACGAGAACGAAACGAAAAUUGAGGUUUUUUUACACAUGCUUUUUACUACCCGUUAAUGUGUCGCUGAAGUGAUAAGAAGUGUUCAUCAAAGCCAUCUGUGUUUUAAACAUCCUGUUUUAUAAGUAAAUUGCUGUGACAAAAAACGUUUGUGUUAAAAAAUUCAAUAUUUGCUCUUCCUAUAUCAAAUUUUGAAAUGGUAAACAUUAAAAAUAUAUUUUGUUGUGCGAGCUUAGUGCAUCUUCGAAGAGAACGUUAAUCGUUUUAAAAAAGUAAUAAAGAAAAGGAUGCACAUUCGUGUGUAAAUAUAAAAACUGAUUGUCAUGGCUGACUAUAAUGGAGAUUGCAGACAACAAGAGGAUUUCUUUGACAUCCUGACUCGCUUGCAGGGUAGCAGAUUAGAUGAACAGAGAAUCGAAAUGCCAGCCUGGCUGUUGAAACAUCAACAGGUGAAAAUGGAAAUUGGACAAGCUAACGAGGACAAGAAAGAUGUGGAACCUAUAAAACAGGUUCUGGCUCUCGGUGCACCGUACCCAAUGGUGGUACUGCCAGUGGAUGGAGAAUACUGGAUGGAAGGAAACUACCAUGUGUUAUCACGAGACACUGAUGAUCGACCAGUUUUUCCUUCAAUAGAUAUGAGUAGGUGUUCGGUGCUGGAAGACAAUAGUGUUUAUAACUAUCGCAGACAUUUUGUGGGCAAGGAACAUGUCAACUUCGCAGGCGUGGAUAACAAGUAUGGACCUCUGCUUCUAUCCGUCAUGCUAGACUUAUCUGUGGAUGACGAUAUUCCUGAUCAAUAUCGGAUUAUAUUGCGUUUGAAAGAUCGGACGAUAGAUAAAAUACUGCCCACGACAACGUUUCAGGCAGACAAUCCCGGUCCACGCGACUUUAUGAAGUCUGCUUUGGAUGACGAAGUGGAAGUAGAAAGGUUUCAUCCAAUCUCUUUACUCAAAGCUAGUGACGACAUCACCAAGUUCGACGAGCAUACUGUAACAAACUCGUACAAAGUUGGAGUUGUGUACCAAACAUUUGGACAGACCACGGAGGAGGAGUAUCUACAAAAUCAAACUGAAUCUCUUGCGUUCCGUGAAUUUCUUGACAUGUUAGGCAACCGAGUGGAAUUAAAAGACUUCCCUAACUACCGAGGAGGUCUGGAUGUAAAAUACGGACAAACAGGAAAUCAUUCCUACUACGCUAACCACAAAAAUAGAGAAUUAAUGUUCCAUGUUUCGACCUUGUUGCCGUUUACGCCAAACGAUUCGCAACAGUUAAGUCGCAAGAGACACAUUGGUAAUGAUGUGGUUGCUAUUAUCUUUCAAGAGGAGAACACCCCUUUCUGUCCCAACUCAUUUCGAUCGCAUUUCCUUCACGUAUUCAUCAUCGUUCAAGUUGUGAAUCCGAAUAGCGCAAAUACGCAUUAUAAAGUUUCUGUGACUGCGAAAGAUGGCGUACCAAAGUUUGUCCCGCCGUUGCCGAACCCUUGUAUAUUCAAAAAGGGGCCUGAAUUUCGAAACUUCUUGCUAACGAAAGUGUUAAAUGCUGAGAUAGCUGCAGUUAAAAGUGAAAAAUUUUCUUCUCUCGCUUUGCGUACACGAUCUAUGCUGCUUCAAAGCUUAGUCAACGAAUUUGUGACAAAGAACGAAAAACUUUUAGAGGACGAAACUCUAAUAUCACAAAACGAGUCAACUUCGAAAACAAGUAGUAUAUUAUCAUCGUUUCGAUCAGCCAUAAAGCGGUCUGAAAGUAUAGUCUCUAGUAAUUCCACCGGUCUGGUUCAAUCAAAGAAAAGUGGACAUUCUCUCUCUUUGAAUGACAUCAGUUCGUUGACAGUGAACGAUCAGAAGAAGGACUUAAAGAAAAAUUCAAAAGAAAAGAAAAAAGCCAAAAAGGAAAAAAGAUUAUCGUCAGGGUCACUCUCUCCACGUUCAAGAAGUCCUCCACUAGUGAGUAACCGCAUACAUGUUGAUUUGAAUAGCUCUGGGGAAGUGAGUCCAACAUUGCGUGAUCCAACGUCGUAUAAAGUGAACGGCCGUCCGAAAGCAAAGUCCCGCUUCUUCACAAACCAACUGUUCGAUACGGACUUUCCACCGCAAUCGCAAUCACUACCAAGGAAUAUGUUGUCGACCCUUAAUGGACGCUUGUCACCGACAGCUCAUUCUCCUUCAAAUAGUGAAGUUAUUCAUGGCGAGAAUAAUAAUGAAUUUCAGGACGAUCCGUUGGAAUUAUCUCCGUCGCAAAAAGAGAUUGACAAACUCAAGGCAGAAAUCAACAAGUUAAAGAUGGAUAAAAUGGACUUAAUGAGGCAAAAUGUGUUGCAUCAACGAGAACUGAAAAGACUAAAUGAAAAAAACGCAGCUAUGGACUCGUACACGUCACAAAUUAAAUCUUUACAACAACAAACUCGAAAGUUUAAAGCAACUCCAACCACUGCAACAGAAUUUGUGUAGCAAUUCGUAUGAAGGCAUAUGGCUGUUUUAGAGUAAUGGCCAACCCUGCAGAGUGGUUCAAACUAUAUUAGCUGUUUCUGUAAAUAUCUUAGAGUUUUGUAUUUAUAUAACUUUAUAUAACUUUGAAAAAUAAUUCGUGGUUUGCUAGCAA